UCAGUUUUAUGUCCCGUUCUGCGGUCGACCUGGGAGCUUGUCUUGUGUGAUUGGCCGAUUCAAGGUAGAUCAACAUACACUGUCGCUCUUACUAUUAACCCACAUCGACAUCUACUAGCUGCCGUACCAAUUGCGAGCAUGAUCGAUGAGGACUUGCAUCUGCCAUACCUCCAAGUGUCAGACCACAUGGCGACAGAACCACGUCUGCAGUCAGCAGAUGCCAGGUUGACGUUGUUCCCCCGCUCUGAACGAGAGAUUAUCGUGCGCGACUGGAGAGGCCGCCACAAGAAGGCUUGGAUCUGCCCCCCGACAUGUGGCGCAAUGCGAAGACGAUACUGCAAUCGAGACGCCACAAGAUCCGAAGCUGCGAGAUUGAGACGAAGCGGUUGUGCGUACGAUGACUGGACUGAUGUCGUGGCAGGACGUCCUCGCGGAUAUGCAGGGGACUGUUCCACAAACAGAGCCGUUUGCCAAUAGCGCUAUGGCUCUAUCAUGUAGGUGGUGAAUUGAAUUAGCACAACAGGUACCGAGGCUAGAGAACUGCAAGAGUUA